AUGAACCAAAUAUUCAAGAGAUUUGAUCACUUCGAUUCCUAUUCAAUCCAUUCUGAUUCCGAUUUUGAUUCUGUUACUUGACGCGUCCCCUUGGUUUUUGUGGCUUCAGGGUUUUCAGCAAAUUCACUGUCUUAUGAUUAUUCGGCAAGCACGGAGUGCUUAGCUGAGCCUCCAAGAGCUCAGUAUGGAGGUGGGCUCAUAGGAAAUCCAGAAUUUAAUAACAGGCCAAAAGGAUGGUCUCCAUUCGGCUAUGCGAAGAUAGAAAAGAGGACAUCAGAGUCAGGCAACCAAUUCUUGGUUGCUUACAAAAGAAACCAACCAUAUCAAAGCAUCUCUAAGAAAGUCUACCUGCAGAAAGAGAAGCUCUACACUUUCUCUGCUUGGGUGCAAGUUAAUGAAGGAAAUGCAGCAGUUAGAGUGGUUUUCAAGACUCGUGAUGACUUCGUCCAUGCCGGUGCAGUCCAUGCCAAGUCUGGAUGUUGGGCCAUGCUCAAGGGAGGCCUUACUGUGAAUGCCUCCGGACCUGCCGAACUUUAUUUCGAGAGUGAAAACACGAGUGUGGAGAUAUGGGUGGACAGUGUGUCAUUGCAACCAUUCUCCAAAGAAGAAUGGAGAGCUCAUCAGACCAAGAGCAUCGAGAAGGCUCGCAAGAAGACGGUGAGGUUCCGGGCUGUGGAUGCCCAAGGCAACACUCUCGCUGGUGCAACAGUCUCGCUCGCGCAGAAAAGGCCAGGAUUCCCAUUCGGUUGCGCCAUUCCCGCUAGUAUCGUCCAAAACACCCAAUACCAGAACUGGUUCGCCCCCCGCUUCACCGUGACCGUCUUCGAGAACGAGAUGAAGUGGUACUCCACCGAGCGCUCCCCAGGCCAGGAGGACUACUCCGUUCCGGAUGCCAUGGUCGCCUUUGCGAAGCAGCACAACAUCGCCAUCAGAGGGCACAAUGUUUUCUGGGACGACCCCAAAUACCAGAUGGACUGGGUGCGGGCUCUCAACUCCGACCAGCUCUGGAACGCAAGUAAUAGGCGAAUCAAUUCGGUCAUGUCCAGAUACAGAGGCCAAGUCAUUGCAUGGGAUGUUGUCAAUGAGAACCUUCAUUUCUCCUUCUUUGAGGACAGGCUCGGGAAGGAUGCCUCUAACAUCUUCUACCAGAAGGCUCACUCUCUGGACUCCACGACACUCAUGUUCCUGAAUGACUACAAUACACUGGAGCAGCCUGGAGACCCGGCGUCGACGCCAGACAAGUACCUUCAGAAGCUGCAAGAGGUCAAGGCGUACCAAGGGAAUAAUGAUAAUAUGGCAAUAGGACUGCAGGGCCACUUCGGUCAACCAAACAUUCCAUACAUGAGAUCUGCUCUGGAUACUCUUGCCGGGGCCAAAGUGCCCAUUUGGCUCACCGAAGUUGAUGUUACCAAGGAUCCAAAUCAGGCAAACUACCUGGAGGAAAUCUUGAGGGAGGCUUACUCACAUCCAGCAGUGAACGGGAUCGUGUUGUGGGGAGGAUGGCAUCAAGAGGGUUGCCAGAUAAUGUGCCUCACAGACAACAAUUUCAAGAACCUUCCGACUGGAGAUGUGGUAGACAAGCUGAUAGCAGAGUGGAAGUCUGGUAGUGUGGUUGGAAAGACUGAUGCUGAUGGCUUCUUCGAGGCUCAGCUCUUCCACGGGGAGUAUGAAAUGAGCAUAAGCGAUCCAACUGCAAAUUCUUCAUCCGUGCAAGGGUUGAAAGUGGAAUCAGGGUCUCCGCAUGAAGCUAUCAUCCGCGUGCAGGUGUAA